AUGUCAAAUUCAAAUGUACUAACCACUGUAGUGAUUCCUGCCUAUAAAGAAGCAGCCAACCUGAAAGAAUUGGUCACCCGAAUUUAUAAUGCCAUGGGAGAACGAGGAAAGAAAUCUCCAACACUUGGUAUGAGUCGGGAACGUACCGAGGUCAUUGUGGUUGAUGAUAAUUCAAAAGACGGAAGUGAAGAGAUCAUCAAUGAUUUAGCUAAAGAUACAUCGAGUUUUCCAAAUUUGAGAAUUAUUGUUCGUACCAACGAAAAGGGUCUGAGUAGUGCUGUAUUGAGAGGAUUUAAUGAAGCAAAAGGAGAUUAUUUACUUUGUAUGGAUGCUGAUUUGCAGCAUCCACCUGAAGACGUUCCGAUCAUGUUUGAAUAUUUACUGAAGGAAGGUACGGAUGUUGAAUUUGUAUUGGGAACUCGAUAUGGAAGUGGUGAGAUGAGAGUGGAUAGUAAUUGGCCACUCUAUCGUAGAAUUAUUUCGAAAGGAGCAAGAUCUUUGGCACGCCCAUUGACACCUCUCUCAGAUCCCAUGUCUGGAUUCUUUGCAUUGCCAAAAACUGUGUAUCAAAGAGCCCUCCAAAAUAAGGUAAAUCCAAUUGGGUUUAAGAUUGCUCUUGAAUUAUAUGUUAAGGCUGGUGUGAAAAAACAUGCUGAGCAUGCAUUCGCAUUUGGUGUUCGACUUCAUGGUUACAGUAAGCUUUCCUCAAAAGUUAUUGUACAUUAUUUGCAACAUUUAUACGACUUGUAUCAGUAUAGAUAUCCUUUCGUGUUGCAUUUGGUGGCAUUGCUUUUGGUUUUAUUGGCAAUCUUUAUAUUUUCAAGAGUAUUCUCCAAAAAGUAA